GUGUAAAAAUAUUACAAAAGAUUCCUUUGCAUGAAGAUAUUAUGGAUAGUUGUGAUAUUGGAAAACCAAUAGUAUUAUCUGCUCCUAAUAGUGUCCAAGCAGAAUCUUAUAAAAAGCUAGCAAAAAAUGUUAUGAAAUUUUUAAAAGAACAACCACUUAUCGAAAAAUGAUUAACAAAAGCAUCUAAAAUGGACAAAGUUGCUACCAGUAUACAUUCUAGCGUAGAUGCUGAAGUAUUUGAUGUUCCUAUGAAUGUUAUUAUUAGACCAUUUCCUCCAGAUGUUAAUGAAGGGAAAGUUCAAAGUUUGAUAAAUACUUUAAAUAAUCCAGAAACGGAAUCUUUGGUACCACCAAUUGAUAUAUUAUGGAUUAAAGGCAGUGAAGGCGGCGAUUAUUAUUAUUCUUUUGGUGGCUGUCAUCGGUAUACCGCUCAUAAACGGAUUGACAGACCGUUUAUAAAAGCAAAAUUAAUUAAAUCUACUGUAACAGACUUGCGGGCCUAUCUUGGAAAUUCUACUCCUGAUCUGAAAUAGAUAUGACAUAAAAAAUGUAUAUUUUUUCUUUAGCAUAAUAUACACCAGGAUAUGUAAAAACAAGUUAUUUCAAUAAAAUUAUUGUCUUACCUCCUUAGAAACAUU